AUGCUUACAAAGAUUAAAAUCCUGUUUAUAUCUCUUCAGAAUUUUAUAAUAUAUGUUUUGGUUAGAUAGGUUUUUUCAAUUUAAACUAAGAUACAAUUUAUUAUUCUGAUUAUUUCGGAGGAAUAAUAAGUAGGGACCUUCUAAACAAUUAUAAGAAAAAAAUAUUUAGUUAAUAUACACAAAUUAUUUCUUAUUAUUUAUCUCCAAAUUUAAGCUAUUAGAUAAUUAGCUUAACACCUUAUACUACACUUUAAAUUGUCUCUACUCAAGAUAAUAAGGUUUUAUAUGAAAUACCUACUGGUGCAUACAUAGCACAUUUCGUUAGUUAUGGCAACAAAGUAUUUAUUCUCAGCAAUAGUGCCUUUUUAUAAUACUAUGAUGGAGAUACAAAUUAGAUCAUACUCUUUCAAAACGACUACUAUGGGUAAGGCUUGUAGAACAUAUUACAUAAAUAAAAUUAGAUAAUAUUUAUAAAUAGCAAUGUCUCUCUUAUAAUUAGUUUAGAUGACCUAAAUCUUUAAUUAUAACAGGUAAAAUAAACUAAUAUAAAAGAUUAAGUUUAACUUCUAAAUAAAUCUUUUUUUAACAUAAGGUAUCAUAAAAUGA